AACGCUCAUCCCGAAUCUAGAAUCCACCUGUGCAUCAGCCCAUCAUCCUUCUGAGUGGCCGACAACAUGAGCUUUACGUUUCAGUCAUCGUUCCAGUCAAGCUUCCAGACCAUCUCCGGCUUCAGCGUCCCCUAUGUGAGUCUUAUCUCUGGAGGAUUGAAAGCUGGGAAAGCCAUCUUCAUUCAGGGAGCGGUUCCCUCUGGAUCUGACAGCUUUGUGGUCAAUCUGAAGUGUGGGGAGUCUGAAGGAGAUGACAUUGCCUUUCAAAUCAAACCCCAGUUUAGCAGCAACUGCACAGUCCUAAACAGCCGGCAAAAUGGGUCAUGGGGAAAAGAGGAGAAACUGGAAUUACCUUUAAAACAGGGGAGCAGCUUUGAUCUGAUCAUUGCCGUAAAUUCUGAAAAUUAUCAGGUGUAUAUGAGCGGAUGCGAAGUUGGCCGAUUUCAGCAUCGUAUAUCUCUGGAACGUGUCAUCGCUCUGAGUGUUGAAGGAGAGGUUUCUUUAACAAACGUGGUGUUUACUGAGAACUUUGCUGGAUCCUCCAUCUUUGGGCAGAGCGUGAGUAUGAUCCACUCACAGAAUGGGACUAUGACUUUUGAAGAACAUUCAUCUGUGCUGAAUGGAAGCUGGUCUUUGAUGGGUGCCGAACAUAAUCUGUCAGCUAUCCAACCACCGGCUGAACUUUCACUAAACAACCCAGUGCAAAAUCCUAUCCUUCCUUAUGUGGGCCCAAUUUCAGGAGGACUGAGAGAAGGCAUGGCCUUGUACUUGCAAGGAGUUGUUCCCACUAAUGCUGACCGUUUUGAAAUAAAUUUCAAGACUGGGCAGUCCGAGGGCGAUGACAUUGCUUUCCACUUCAACCCUCGAAUGGAGAAGAAGGUGGUCAUGAACAGCUUCAGGAACGGUGGAUUUGAGGCAGAGGAAAGUGUCUCUGAUAACCCCUUUAAAAAGGGACAAGCUUUUGAGAUGUUCACUGUCAUCAAAUCCGAAGGAUAUCAGGUAUACGUGAAUGGCAAGGAGCAGUACACAUUCAGGCACCGUAUACCAUUGGAAAAAGUGUCAGCGUUAAAUAUCACUGGAGAUGUUGCAGUGAACCUUUUUGGCUUCAUACAAAACUGGAGCACAUCUUCAUUUCCUACAGAAGUUACAACAAAAAUCAUCAGUCUGGGCAGCUCACGUGGGGAACGUUCAACCGUACAGGCAGAGAUCUUGCAGCCAGUCCAAAACCCUAUCCUUCCUUAUGUGGGCCCAAUUUAUGGAGAACUGAGAGAAGGCAUGGCCUUGUACUUUCAAGGAGUUGUUCCCACUAAUGCUGACCGUUUUGAAAUAAAUUUCAAGACUGGGCAGUCCGAGGGCGAUGACAUUGCUUUCCACUUCAACCCUCGAAUGGAGAAGAAGGUGGUCAUGAACAGCUUCAGGAACGGUGGAUUUGAGGCAGAGGAAAGUGUCUCUGAUAACCCCUUUAAAAAGGGACAAGCUUUUGAGAUGGUCACUGUCAUCAAAUCCGAAGGAUAUCAGGUAUACGUGAAUGGCAAGGAGCAGUACACAUUCAGGCACCGUAUACCAUUGGAAAAAGUGUCAGCGUUAAAUAUCACUGGAGAUGUUGCAGUGAACCUUUUUGGCUUCAUACAAAACUGGAGCACAUCUUCAUUUCCUACAGAAGUUACAACAAAAAUCAUCAGUCUGGGCAGCUCACGUGGGGAACGUUCAACCGUACAGGCAGAGAUCUUGCAGCCAGUCCAAAACCCUAUCCUUCCUUAUGUGGGCCCAAUUUCUGGAGGACUGAGAGAAGGCAUGGCCUUGUACUUUCAAGGAGUUGUUCCCACUAAUGCUGACCGUUUUGAAAUAAAUUUCAAGACUGGGCAGUCCGAGGGCGAUGACAUUGCUUUCCACUUCAACCCUCGAAUGGAGAAGAAGGUGGUCAUGAACAGCUUCAGGAACGGUGGAUUUGAGGCAGAGGAAAGUUUCUCUGAUAACCCCUUUAAAAAGGGACAAGCUUUUGAGAUGGUUCACUGUCAUCAAAUCCGAAGGAUAUCAGGUAUACGUGAAUGGCAAGGAGCAGUACACAUUCAGGCACCGUAUACCAUUGGAAAAAGUGUCAGCGUUAAAUAUCACUGGAGAUGUUGCAGUGAACCUUUUUGGCUUCAUACAAAACUGGAGCACAUCUUCAUUUCCUACAGAAGUUACAACAAAAAUCAUCAGUCUGGGCAGCUCACGUGGGGAACGUUCAACCGUACAGGCAGAGAUCUUGCAGCCAGUCCAAAACCCUAUCCUUCCUUAUGUGGGCCCAAUUUCUGGAGGACUGAGAGAAGACAUGGCCUUGUACUUUCAAGGAGUUGUUCCCACUAAUGCUGACCGUUUUGAAAUAAAUUUCAAGACUGGGCAGUCCGAGGGCGAUGACAUUGCUUUCCACUUCAACCCUCGAAUGGAGAAGAAGGUGGUCAUGAACAGCUUCAGGAACGGUGGAUUUGAGGCAGAGGAAAGUGUCUCUGAUAACCCC